CGUGGCAGAAGACAUCAUCAACACGCUACGCUUCUUUUACAGCACAUUGUGCAUUUUCUGCAGGAGGCUUUAUGGUCACAGAGGCGUCAUGGCAGAAGAGGCCAAGAAACUAGCAGGCUACGCUGCGGUGGAUAACCAUGUCCAGAACAACCAGGUAGUUGGAGUGGGCAGUGGAUCCACCAUUGUGUAUGCUGUAGACAGACUAGCGGAGAGGGUUCGUCAGGAGAAACUCAACAUCGUGUGUGUCCCCACCUCCUUCCAGGCUCGUCAGUUGAUUCUGCAGCAUGGUCUAACCCUAUCGGAUCUGGACAGACACCCGGAGCUGGAUGUGGCCAUCGACGGGGCGGAUGAGGUGGAUGCAGCUCUCACACUCAUCAAGGGAGGAGGAGGCUGUCUGACUCAGGAGAAGAUCGUAGCCGGCUGUGCCACACACUUCAUCGUCAUCGCUGACUUCAGGAAGGACUCCUCGGUCCUGGGUCAGCAGUGGAAGAAGGGUGUUCCUAUUGAGGUGAUCCCUAUGGCCUACGUCCCCGUCUCCAGGACGAUAGCCAAGCGCUUCGGAGGGGAGGCAGUACUCCGCAUGGCCGUCAGUAAAGCUGGUCCGGUGGUAACAGACAACAGUAACUUCAUUCUGGACUGGAAGUUUGAACACACUCACAACUGGAAGGAGGUCAAUACCGCUCUCAAGAUGAUACCAGGUGUGGUAGAGACGGGUCUGUUUGUGGGGAUGGCUGAGAGGGUGUACUUUGGGAUGGAGGAUGGCAGUGUUCGUGUGAGAGACCCUCCAGUUAUCUGACCUGUCUGGGACCUGACACCUUCCACCAACCUCCCUGUCUGGGACCUGACACCUUCCACCAACCUCCCUGUCUGGGACCUGACACCUUCCACCAACCUCCCUGUCUGGCACCUGACACCUUCCACCAACCUCCAUGUCUGGGACCUGACACCUUCCACCAACCUCCAUGUCUGGGACCUGACACCUUCCACCAACCUCCAUGUCUGGGACCUGACACCUUCCACCAACCUCACUGUCUGGGACCACCAUCUAAACCACAGUGCUUAAUCUUCUGGGACCACCAUCUAAACCACAGUGCUUAAUAUUCUGGGACCACCAUCUAAACCACAGUGCUUAAUAUUCUGGGACCACCAUCUAAACCACAGUGCUUAAUAUUCUGGGACCACCAUCUAAACCACAGUACCUUAUAUUCUGGGACCACCAUCUAAACCACAGUACCUUAUAUUCUGGGACCACCAUCUAAACCACAGUGCCUUAUAUUCUGGGACCACCAUCUAAACCACAGUGCCUUAUAUAUUGGGUCCCAAAUGGCACCCUAUCCUUUACAAAGUGCACUACUUUUGACCAGCCCUAUGGGUUAUGAUGGGGUUAGGGUCCUAUGUAGCGGAUAGGGCGCCAUUGGGGGAAACGGCCAAUAUUCUUUCACCUAUGGACUCUGCCUGAUCUGACAUGGUGUAUAACUACAGGCUGACCUCACAACAUCUACCAUGACAUGUACAGGCUCUACUUUUUUGUAUGUUUAAAAGUUGAAACAUGUAUGUACACAUAAAUACAUUAAAGUGCACGAUGAAAAA